AUAACGUCGAGAUGGAGCCGAACUCACUGAAGUGGGUGGGCUCGUCUUGCGGUUUACAUGGACCAUAUAUAUUCUAUAAAGCCUUUAAAUUUCACCAGGACCGUAAACCGAGGAUUCUGUCUCUCGGAGACUUUUUCUUCGUCAGAUGUAAACCGGAGGAUCCUAUUUGCAUAGCGGAGCUUCAGCUGCUCUGGGAAGAAAGAACAAGCAAGCAACUUUUAUCAAGCUCCAAACUUUAUUUUUUACCCGAGGAUACUCCCCAGGGACGCACAGCCACCCAUGGAGAGCACGAGGUAAUUGCGGUGUCUGAGAAGGUGAUUGUGCGUCUGGAGGACUUGGUGAAGUGGACGGUACCAGACUUCUCGGGAUGGACCCACUGUCUGAAGGCCGAGCCUCUCAAAGCCUCCGUGCUCCGGGAGCUGGGGACCAACGGGAGGCGAGAGGCCCUUCAUCGGUACCGCGAGAGCACACUGACCAGCGGACUCAACUUCAAGGAUGUCCAGCGGGAGAGAGCACAGCUAGGCCAGGAGGAGGAUGGGCGGAAGGUUUUGGUCCUCAGUUACCCCCAGUAUUGCCGGUUUCGCUCGGUGUUAGUGCGUCUCAGAGAGCAGCCGUCCUCUCUGACCAUCGACCACACAGUACUGGCACUGGGCGGCAUCGCGGCGCUGGGCGGCAGAACGAGCGUCCUGUACUGCCGGGACACCUUCGAGCACGCCGCCCUGCUGAAGUACGAGAGCAUAUGUGACGAGUUCGCGCCUAACCUGAAGGGGCGACCUCGGAAGAAGAAGCUGUCCAUCUCUCAGAGGAGGGACUCCCAGGGCCUGGCUCAGGGUCAGGGGUCGUCAGGGUCGUCAGGGUUCACCCCAGGGUCGGCAGCCGUGGCAGCGCUAGAGCUCUGCAGUCCGGAAAGCAAAGUUACUACCAAGGUCAAACCCAGCUGUAAAACAGUACCCAACGGAAAGCUUUCAGCCAGACACAAGGCCAACAGCCUCAGCAGGAAAUACUCAGCAGAAGAGAAGGAAAGAGGGAAGGAAAGGGAAAAGGAAAAGGAGGAGAGGGACGAGACAGAUGAUAAUGACGAGGAGGAAACAUCGGAGGAGAGCCGAGCGGAGGAGCAAGCGUUCUUAGUCGAGCUCUACAAGUACAUGAAAGAAAGAGACACGCCCAUAGAGAGGAUCCCCUUCCUCGGCUUCAAACAGAGUGAGUAGGACAACUUAUUCCCUCACUGGCAAUGUUUAAACCGUGGAGUGCUAUAGUUUGGACUCCGUGGCCUAAUAGCAAAGUUUGUGAGGAUACGGGUAUUUUGGAUAUUUAGGUCAUAAGCAUCACCAGUGGGGAAAGUUUAGCAGGCUGCUUGAAGUAUUACAGUAAAACAUGUAGGAAUGGGUGUGAAAAGUACCAACACAUUCUAAAUGCAAAGAGUCCCAACCGCAUAUUAUUUGACUUUAAAAUGUCUUGUGCCUUUGAGAAAAGAAAGUAUUUGUUAGUUUAGAUAACAGAGUGAAACUGCGCUCUGUAAAAGUCAAACACGAUAGUAAGAUAAGCGCGUAAAACCCCAUUGUGGAUUUAAAUCUCUGUGCACGUUAUCUAUAGUUCCCCCAUGUUGUGAUCAGAAGAAAAAACAAGUACUGCUUUGCAUUCAAGUCAAGGGCAGACUGUGUCCUAACUAGAAUUAGUAGAGAAGAGAAAAUGGCUGCCAACUACUGCAGGCUCCAUGCCCAAAAUCCCUAAAUUACACUGCUGUUAAACUCUAAAACACACAUUCAAUCUGCAGUGAUAAUAAACCAGAGGAAUAAUUGUCCUUGAUGAGAAAAAUAACAUUUUGUGGUUUGUGGUUUGAAGCUUCCUGUCGGAGCCUAUUUUGACUUGCUUUUAUAUCAGAGGAGAAUAUCUUCUCACAGUUGUCAAAGGGGUUUCCUGUGAAGGCCAAGAACGUCCUCUAACAAUAUUCAAGAACAUCACAUGCAUGCGAAACACGUCUGCCCGAGAUGAAAGAUGUUUCAAUAUAGGUUGGAUGCUUAGCUUGCACCCGGUGUGCACGGGACAGAGAGGAGAAGCGUGCACGUAAACAUCUUAAAAAGAUGAGCUUUUUUCUCUUGAAACUGUGCUCAGUGAAUUUGUGUUAUGUGUUUCAUCUCUGUGCAAGACACAUGGGAACGUGGGCUCUCACCUCAAACUGUGGGUUUUAAAAAUGUACUUUUUCAGUUGAAGGAAGGAUUCACAUUUGUGUUCAUGUCAAAUGAGCCAAGAAAGAUGUAGCUACUCACAUCAGAUUGUAGCGAGACAACACAGGCAAAUUAACGAGAGGCAGGGGAGGGAGAGCGAUGUCGGCUGAAUUUAAUAGUGACAGUUUACAGCACAGUAAAACUCAUUACUCUAAACUAUUACAUGAAGGUAAGCUGUGGCCGCCUCGACUCUGCUAACCUCACCGCGGUAUUUUGACAAUCCUGUCAUCUUAACUGCAGACAUGUUGUUGCUUA